CGUGGGCUGCGGUGCCUGAGANCUGGGGAUGGCGGCGGUGGCUGCGCGCGCNGGUGGGCUGCUGCGGCUCGGGGCUGCGGGAGCGGAGCGGCGGCGGUGCGGACUGCGCUGCGCUGCGCUGGUGCAAGGCUUCCUGCAACCCGGGGGCGAGGACGCGGCCCAGAAGCGGCGGGUGGCCCACUUCACUUUCCAGCCGGACCCAGAGUCCCUGCAGUAUGCCUUAUACAGAGCUCCUGCUGGGCCCCGCUGUCACCUGGCCAAGCAGUAUUCCAUAGCGAUGUUCAAAUCUAAAUAUUUAAGUUUCUUAUUUUUCAUAACUCAAAAUUUGGGGCAUACUAAAUAUAUCCUUUCAACAAUCUUUUUUUCAGUAAUAUUUGGUGAAGAUGUUGCCUUUGGUGGAGUCUUCCGAUGCACCGUUGGUUUACGAGACAAAUACGGAAAAGACAGAGUGUUUAACACCCCGUUGUGUGAACAAGGAAUAGUUGGAUUUGGCAUUGGAAUCGCGGUCACUGGUGCUACAGCUAUUGCGGAGAUCCAGUUUGCAGACUAUAUUUUCCCUGCCUUUGAUCAGAUUGUCAACGAAGCUGCCAAGUAUCGCUACCGCUCAGGUGAUCUUUUCAACUGUGGGAGCCUCACCAUCCGGGCCCCGUGGGGUUGUGUGGGCCAUGGGGCUCUCUACCAUUCUCAGAGUCCUGAAGCCUUUUUUGCCCAUUGCCCAGGGAUCAAGGUGGUAAUACCCAGAAGCCCUUUCCAGGCCAAGGGACUUCUGUUGUCAUGCAUAGAAGAUAAAAAUCCAUGUAUAUUUUUUGAACCUAAAAUACUUUACCGAGCAGCAGUGGAACAGGUCCCAGUAGAACCCUACAAGAUCCCCUUGUCUCAGGCUGAAGUCAUCCAGGAGGGCAGCGAUGUGACUCUGGUUGCCUGGGGCACUCAGGUUCAUGUCAUCCGGGAGGUGGCUUCCAUGGCCCAAGAAAAGCUUGGAGUAUCUUGUGAAGUCAUNGAUCUGCGGACAAUUGUGCCUUGGGAUGUGGAUACAGUUUGCAAGGUAUAAGUCUUUAGCCAAUGCAUCACUCUUUCUC